AUGGACUGGCUAGAUCAUGUGUCAGAGAAGUACAGCCGAACAGUGCAUCCACCGCUUGUGUUAAUACUCUGCAUUUCUGGAUCACUAGGUCAUUUGAUGUCGAUGGCCAUUUUGUCUUCAAUGAUGAGCCCGACGAACGCUUUUCUCAUCAGUAUGUCAUGCUCUCAACUCGCUCUAUGCGCCAAUUUCCUCUAUUCGACAUUCUUCAAAUGGGCGUCAGACGAGUUGUGCUCACCUUUCUUCUUCUCUUACUACAUGGCAGAGACCAUGCAUGUCUCCGUUACGCUAUCAGUACUCGUUCAUAUGGCUGGGGUGUUUCAUGUGGUGGCUCUUUCUAUCAUAAGAUACUACUCAUUAGCAAGACUAACAACCAGCGAUAGUUCGCAACCCUGGUUUACGUAUAAGAAAUGCCGAGUGUCUUUGUUAGCAAUUUUCCUGAGCGUCGUUAUCAUCUGUAUUCCGCUACAUUUCACAUCUGAAGUAGUUAUGGUAGAGGAAAGCAGUGGAUGCGUAACUCGACAUCCUCAUCUCAGGAAUGCCAGCACGUUCCAGUUGCAGUUCUCUUCGUUUCCUUAUUUACAAACGCUAAAUUUCUGGUUGUUUAACUUGUGCUCCAGAAUUAUGCCAUCAGUUAUCCUGUGUUUGAUGACGAUUUUAAUUCUGGAACAACUAAAGAAAAUUCGAAAGAUUACUGUCCGCUUCAUUAAUGCUGAGAGAGACAAACAAUAUCAACGGAUCACGAAGAUGAUUUUAAUCAUCAUGUUCAUCUUUAUUAUUGUCGAAUUACCUCAAGGUUUGUUAGCUGUGUUAUCCACUGUAACCAAACUUCACCUUAUAGUGGCUUUAGGUGAUUUUACGGAGAUGAUUACACUAAUGACGUCUUGUGUCAUAUUUGCGCUUUUCUGUUUAAUGAAUGGGAGAAUCCGAUCGGCGUUUUCCGAAACUUCAUGUCUGCGAUGGUUAGAACAAUGGACACAUGAAACCAUUGAGAAGAGGAUUGGCCGAUCGGUCUGCAGAGAUAAACUUCUAGAUUAUUCCUGCAACAACAAAUCAAGAAUGGUUAGCACGAAUAAGAGCUUUACGGUACUGUGA